AUGACCACAGCUUGCACUAGAUUCCUGGUGUUCACGGCGACGGUUCACCUCACAGCCAAUCACAUGGGCUGGUUCGAGUUCCGCCUCUGUCCCAGCGAGAAGCCCGGGCAGUACGUGAAGCAGAGCUGCCUGAACAAACAUGUACUCAAACUGGUCGAUUAUUCGGGUACAAGGUACAAAAUCAAGCACUCGAAGACAGGACUCUUCCGGAUAAGACUGCAGCUGCCGGAGUCCGUGACCUGCUCCCGGUGCGUGGUUCAGUGGCACUACACGACAGGCAACAACUGGGGCUUCUGCAAGGACGGCAGCAACCAGCCCGGCUGCGGCCCCCAGGAGGUGUUCCGGGGCUGCUCCGACGUCGCCGUCUUCGCGCCGGACGACCCCGCCCUCCACCUGUUCAGCAACCUGACCCGGGAGGCGGACCUGUCUCAGUUCCUCCACCUGUCCGAGGACGAGGCCCCGCCCCCUGCCCCGCCCAGGACCAACGCCCACCGGAACGACGAGCCGGACGCGGCCUUCGACCCCGUCCUCGUGUUCGACGGCGAGGAGCACUUCGCUGACGACGACGACGACGCCCUCGCCGGCCAGGGCCACCGCGCGCCGGGAGCGAACGACCUGCUGAAGGCGGCGGGCCCGAGCGGCGCCGCCAAGCAGCCGUCCAUCACCUUCGUCGAGGAGGCGAAGGGCGGCGGCGCGGUCGCUUCGGCGCGCCCAAGGCCUCCUCCCUCGACGCCCGGCCAUCAGGCGCCCCGACUACUUCGGCGAGGGGCGGGGCGCGCCGCUGCGGCCCAAGAAGUACGUGUCGUCCGACGCCUUCCGCAAGAGCCGGCCGGCGAUCCGCAUCGAGGACGGGCGCUUCCCCUCGGCGCCCACGCCCUUCUUCCCCUCGUGGCCCGCGCCCCGUCGCCGCGGCGGGAGGGGCUGCGCGCCGUGCCCGCCGACCGCCCUUCCGAGGAAUAUGAGAUCGUCACGACCUUCGGAGACGCCGCGGGGCCCGUGGCAGACACGCACGAGGCGGUGCAGGAGACGUUGCCGCUCCUCGAGGAGAUCACGCCGACGGUGCUGCAGCUCUUCCAGAACUACCCGAGCCUGGCGCGCGGAGGCCCCGCCAGCGCGCCCCUGGCCUUCCAGGUCCCCCUGACGAGCGUGCAGGACGACUCCUCAAUGGACCGCUUACUCAUGCUCCAGCAGGCCCUGAGUCUCACCUCGACGAGCGGGACUCAGAGUGACUCGCCCAUCGUACUCAUCUUGAUGUGAGGGCGUGAGGGCGUGACUCAUCUUAGGUGUUAUCGGUGCAGUAUGUGACGAGGAGGACUUGCCUAGUAUGGUUUAUUCACCGUGAGUGCGUAGUUUACUCAUCGUAAGGAAGAUGAGUAGGCCUACAGUUUAUUUAUGAAGGUGUGCACAUUGUGUUUAUUACAGUGAAGAUAUGUAUAUUAUAUGAGGAGGGUGAGUACAGUCUAUUCAUCAUGAGGAGGAUGAGUACAGUAUAUGCGUUGUGAGGAGGAUGAGUCCUGUACAUUCAUCAGUGAAUGACUCACCGAUCACACCGCAUAGUGAUUUAUACACUGCCAAUCACACUUCCUUCGAUAUAGGAAAUAGUGUAUGAUACAAUGUAAUAAGCACUCUUACUGCCUGAGGA